CCCCUUGGUCCUGUAGGAUAGUUUCCAGGAGGGUGACAAUGGUCUGACUGCUCUGCAGGGCCAAACAGCCUUGUCCCUUUGACACAGGCUUUUGUAGUGGGAGAAGUUUCAGAUGGGAAAGAGCUCAGGACUGAACAAAGGCGAGAGUGCUGAAUCUGUUCUCUUCCUGCAGGCAGAUGGACUGAAGCAUCUGUUGCAGACUGGGUGUUCUGUCAAUGCACCUCCGGAUCCCUGUGAGCAGUCGCCUGUCCACUUAGCUGCAGGCAGUGGCUUUGCUUACUUUCUUCUCUGGCAGCUGCAGACAGGCGCUGACCUCAACCAACAGGAUGUUUUGGGAGAAGCUCCCCUCCAUAAGGCAGCUAAAGUUGGAAGCCUGGAAUGCCUUAGCCUGCUUGUAGCAAGUGACGCCCAGAUUGAUUUAUGUAAUAAGAAUGGGCAAACCGCUGAAGAUCUUGCUUGGUUAUAUGGAUUUCCAGAGUGUGCCAAGUUUCUUACAACAAUUAAAUGUAUGCAGAUGAUAAAAUCAAGUGAACAACCCAUCAGGGAUCGCUGUGUUCCAGGGCUUAGACAGAAACGAAGUUUUGGAAGUACAGAAAAUUUAAAUGAGAAAAGAAAGUGCUGACCGAUGUCAUGCUGGUUAUGAAGAGGUGUGAAGCAGAGCUUUAUUCAACCACAAACGAUGGCUUUGGGGUACCAGAUGUGUUUAAACUCCAAGGUGGAGGGACACUUUCUUCCAAGUGAAGAGAACAUUUAAGAAUACGUGUAUUUACAUGCUUGUAAUAUUUUGAUUGUAUACGUUUUAAGUUAUUAAAGGAAUGUCUAAGGAAUAAAUCUCUGUGCAAUAUUAGGUAUUUUGUUUUAAAAAAAUCACUUAAACCAUGAAACUGUAUCCAGGAUUUAAUCUGAAACUGAUU